AUGGUUUCCAUGUCAAGCUUCAAUAUCUUGUCUCUACGCAGUCCCAUGAUAAAGGCAGUAAGAGACGCUAAGAACACGGUUGUUAUAAAAGCCAUCUUCAGCGUCAUCAAAAAAAAUAUACCUUCCAAAGAUAAAUACUUCCUAUCCAAUCAUUUUUCUCUGUUUCUUACACCAGAGGUCUCUGAAACAGACUCAUCUGACUUCAAGAACAAAGAUUUCUUUUAUGGCAAGGCUCGGUGGAUUCAGAAAGUAGAAGGAAUAUCAGAUGUUAUUGUAUGUUGGGCACCGAAGAUCUUUGCAUGCUACGCUUGUGAGUAUUGGUUCUAUACCAUCUGCUGCAGCUUUUUUAGUAAUUCUGACCAAAGAAUAUCAAAGGGAGGAUUCCAUUGUUUCUACUGCCGUGGAGUUCAUUACAAAGACCUUCCCGAUCCUUUUCCAGGAGGAUUCUUGGGGCAGUCUACAGAAGGAAGUUCCAAAACAAGGAAUAGUUCUUUACCAGGCUGA